AUGGCUUCGGUGCUGAGCUAUGUCUUCAAGUUCAAGUCCUUCUUGCUCUUGUUCGCCAGCCCGCUCCUGCUGCUGCCGCUCGUCAUUCUGGUGCCCACCAAGUUUGCCAGGUGUGCCUAUGUCAUCAUCCUCAUGGCCAUUUACUGGUGCACGGAAGUCAUCCCGCUGGCUGUCACCUCCCUCAUGCCUGCCUUGCUUUUCCCACUCCUCAAGGUUCUGGACUCCAAGCAGGUGUGUAUGCAGUACAUGAAGGACACUAACAUGCUGUUCCUGGGUGGCCUCAUGGUGGCUGUGGCCGUGGAGCGCUGGAACCUGCACAAGAGGAUCGCCCUGCGCAUACUCCUCUGGGUGGGGACCAAGCCUGCACAGCUGAUGAUGGGCAUCAUGAGCGCCACGGCCUUCCUGUCCAUGUGGAUCAGCAACUCGGCCACCACAGCCAUGAUGGUGCCCAUCGUGGAGGCCGUGCUGCAGCAGAUAGAGGCCACGAACAUGACCACCGAGGCCAGCCUGAGGUCCUUGGAGCUGGUGGACAAGGGCAAGAGCAGCGAGCUGCCAGGGAACCAAGUGCUGUUUGAAGGCCCUGCUAUAGGGCCGCAGAAGAACUGUGACAAGAAGGACGUAUGCAAGGCCAUGACCCUGUGUGUGUGCUACUCGGCCAGCAUUGGAGGCACUGCCACCCUGACAGGGACAGGACCCAACAUGGUGCUUCUGGGCCAGAUGCAAGAACUGUUUCCUGACAGCAGAGACACCCUGAACUUCGCCUCUUGGUUUGGAUUUGCCUUCCCCAACAUGGUGAUCAUGCUGCUGCUCACCUGGUUGUGGCUCCAGUGCAUGUUUGUGGGAUUCAAUUUUAAAAAGUCCUGUGGCCGCAGGCUGCAGAAAAGGGAUAGCCAGAAGGCCGUCUACGAGAUGCUGCAGGAAGAGUACAGGAAGCUGGGGCCCUUCUCCUUUGCCGAGGUCAACGUCCUGCUCUGCUUCUUCCUGCUGGUCAGCCUGUGGUUCUCCCGGGAGCCCGGCUUCAUGCCCGGCUGGAUGUCGCUCGCCUGGGUGGAGGGAAAGACAAAGUAUGUCUCCGAUGCCACCGUGGCCCUCUUCGUGACCAUGAUACUAUUUAUUGUACCUUCGCAGAAGCCCAAGUUCAACUUCUGCAGUCAGACUGAGGAAGAAAGGAAGGCUCCCUUUUAUCCACCUGCACUGCUGGAUUGGAAGAUGGUCCAGGAGAGAGUUCCCUGGGGCAUUGUGCUGCUGCUGGGGGGCGGAUUUGCUCUGGCUAAAGGAUGCGAGGCCUCGGGGCUGUCCGAAUGGAUGGGGAAGCAGAUGGAGCCCUUGCACGUUCUGCCCCCGGCACUCAUCACCCUGAUUUUGUCUACGCUCAUUGCUAUAUUCACUGAGUGCACAAGCAAUGUGGCCACCACCACCCUGUUCCUGCCCAUCUUUGCCUCCAUGUCACGUUCCAUUGGCCUCAACCCGCUGUACGUCAUGCUCCCCUGUACCCUGAGUGCCUCCUUGGCCUUCAUGUUGCCCGUGGCCACCCCACCUAACGCCAUCGUGUUUUCCUAUGGACACAUCAAGGUUUAUGACAUGAUGAAAGCAGGGCUAAUGAUGAACAUAAUUGGAAUCUUCUCUGUGUUUCUGGCCAUCAACACCUGGGGACGGGUCAUAUUUGACCUGGAAAGUUUCCCUACGUGGGCUAAUGUGACACAAAUUAAGGUUUAGGAAAAGCCAUGAGACCACAACACAGCCCCCGCCUUCCCGAGGACUCCUGAACCUUCCGGCACACCUUUCAGCUGAGCUUUGGGGCUCACACCCCAAAGUGACCCGAUGAUGCUUACACCCCACAGAGACCCAGGCCGGGUCAGAGCUGGGAUCGGGCGGCUGGGAAGGCAGGCUCGGAAAGGAAGGGAACCUCCCAAGGGGCACCUGGCUUCCAUCAUCUCUGGGACAGGCAGGCUGGAGAGACCGUGAAGCUGGCUCCUUCCCCGACGCAGCCUCGAGCUGGCCCCACGCUGGGCUCUGAGGUCCACUUGCUUAGUCCCAGGUUGUCUAAAUGGGAAUCAGAUCCCAACUUGGGAGGUGAAAAAACUACCUUCCAGAGCCCGUGCCUCUUGCUGCUGACCUUGGGCUGCCUCGGAUCAUUCCUGUCACUUGGAAGGGACAACCCAGCCCAGGGACAGAGGUCUGGUCCUGGGAAACUUCCUACAGCUGGAGUGAGAGUGGGAAUCAGAGCCUCGUGGAACCACCAGGAGUACAGUGCCAGCGCCAAAGGAUGAGGGAUUUGAGCUGAUAACUUCCAGGCAACAUCACCUACGGUACACCACUGGCGAACCAGCUCCCCUCUUUACCUCGCUCCAUUUAACUGACAGUUUGGACCCUUUCCCCAGCUCUCCAGUGCACUUCCUUCAACUCCUAGGCCCCUUUGUUUUCUGGGCCGCCAUUCGCUUGGAUCCCCUGGCUGGGGCCCUCCGGCACCCCCUUUUCUCCCAGGCUGGUCAGCUUGGCUCUUCCUGCCACCCCACACAGCUGGGAUCACACUCCAAGUAUGGGCAGUGAU